AUAAAGAGGAAAAAUAUUACAGAAUUGACGGAUAAUUUAAUAGCUUCUCAAGCAUUUGUAUUUUUCCUUGCUGGUUUUGAAACCUCGUCAACGACUAUGAGUAAUGCGCUCUAUGAAUUAGCAUUAAAUCCGAAAAUACAAGACAAAUUACGUGCAGAAAUUGACGAGUGCUAUGCGAAACAUGGUGAACGCUUAACAUAUGAUAAUAUUAAACAAUUGGAUUAUUUAGAUAAAGUUUUCAAAGAAACUUUGCGAAAAUACCCGCCAGGGUCAAUUCUUAUGAGACAAACUACAUCAAAUUAUACCUUUGAGGGUACCAAAAUUAGUAUACCAAAAGGCAUGAGGGUAUGGAUUCCUGUUUACGCAAUUCAUCGAGAUCCGAACAUUUAUCCAGAGCCUGACGUUUUCGAUCCAGAAAGAUUUGAUGAUGAAGCAGUGAAAAGUAGGCACUCGAUGGUCUAUUUACCUUUUGGCGAUGGACCAAGGAAUUGUAUUGGUGCUCGCUUCGCCGUUUAUCAGAGCAAAGUCGGGCUUAUAAAGAUAUUACGAAACUACAAAGUCGAAACUUGCGAAAAAACCAUGAAACGUUACAUAAAUGAUCCUAAGGCUUUUAUAUUAUCACCGAUAGGCGGAAUACAUUUGAAAAUAGUUAAAAUUGAUCGAACCUAGUAUAAGUUUCAUUUAUUUCCUUAAAACAUACGGCAUACGUAAUAAAUGGUGGAGGAAGUUUUUAUCAAUACUGAUUUGUAUCGACUGCUUUAUUGAUAUUCUCUCAAUUGUGAUUGUAUUAGUUAAUUGUAUUAGUAUUUGUAAUUAGAUUAGAGUUUAAUUUUAAAUUUAUAUUUAUAUAUCUUAAUAAUCUGAAUAAUCUUCAUAUUCUUGACUUAAAAAUAAGACGAAAAUUCUAAUACGAAAAUGCUGAGGCUAUAAGUUUUUAAAUUAAUAGCAAUUAAAGUCAACUAAUCACAGAGCUAACAUUUCGCGCGCUCAGGCAUGAUAUAACAAGUGAUAAAUGUGCUACCACAAGGGCCCUCUUAACGUCAAUUGAGAUUAUUAUACAAAUAUAUUGAUAUGAUAUUCUAUUA